AUGUCGGAGAGCUAUGAUGUUGGCACUCGAGCCUGGCAGCCCGAUCCUACCGAGGGUUGGGUUGCCUCUGAAGUAGUCAAGAAGACAGUAGACGGCAACAAGGUCACUCUUACCUUCGAGUGCGAGAAUGGCGAGACUAAGACCGUGGAGGUCUCCCUCGAGGCCCUCCAGUCAGGCGGCCAUGAGUCGCUACCGCCCUUGAUGAACCCAACAAUGCUCGAAGCCAGUGAUGACUUGACGAACCUAUCACAUCUUAACGAGCCUGCUGUGCUUCAGGCUAUCCGCCUUCGAUAUGCCCAGAAGGAAAUCUACACAUACUCGGGUAUUGUUCUAAUAGCUACAAACCCGUUCGCGCGGGUUGACUCUCUUUAUGUCCCAGGCAUGGUUCAAGUCUAUGCCGGGAAGCAAAGAGCAACCCAAGCUCCCCAUCUUUUCGCCAUUGCUGAGGAAGCGUUCAUGGACAUGUUGCGCGAUGGCAAGAACCAGACCAUUGUCGUGUCUGGUGAGUCCGGUGCCGGUAAGACUGUCAGUGCCAAGUACAUUAUGAGAUACUUCGCGACAAGAGAAUCGCCCGACAGCCCCGGAUCACGAGUAAAGAAGGGUGGCCACGAGUCUAUGAGCCAGACCGAGGAGGCUAUCUUGGCUACGAACCCGAUUAUGGAAGCUUUUGGUAACGCAAAGACGACAAGAAACGACAACUCCUCGCGAUUCGGUAAAUACAUCGAAAUCAUGUUUGACAAGGCCACCAACAUUAUCGGUGCCAAGAUCAGGACCUACCUUCUCGAACGAUCGAGGUUGGUUUUCCAACCGCUGAAGGAAAGAAACUACCAUAUUUUCUACCAGCUGGUUGCUGGUGUGACGGACAAGGAGCGCCAGGAAUUGGGCUUGCUUCCCGUUGAACAGUUCGAGUACCUCAACCAGGGUAACACCCCCACGAUCGAUGGCGUCGAUGACAAGGCCGAGUUCAAUGCGACCAAGGCAUCUUUGAAGACCAUCGGUGUUGACGAGGGCAAGCAAACGGAGAUCUUCAAGCUUCUGGCUGGUCUCCUCCACUUGGGUAAUGUCAAGAUUGGUGCCAUGCGAAACGACAGUUCCCUCGAUCCUUCCGAACCAUCGCUGGUCAAGGCCUGCGAGAUCCUCGGCAUCGAUGCUCCAGAGUUUGCCAAGUGGAUCGUCAAGAAGCAAUUGGUCACUCGUGGCGAAAAGAUCGUGUCCAACUUGACCCAGGCGCAGGCUAUCGUUGUCCGAGAUUCCGUCGCCAAGUACAUCUACUCGAGUCUGUUCGACUGGCUCGUCGAAAUCAUCAAUCACAGUCUUGCUUCGGAGGAGGUCCUCACCAGAGUCACUUCCUUCAUUGGUGUUCUGGAUAUUUACGGCUUCGAGCAUUUCGCCAAGAACUCCUUCGAGCAGUUCUGUAUCAACUACGCCAACGAGAAGCUUCAGCAGGAGUUCAACCAGCAUGUGUUCAAGUUGGAGCAGGAGGAAUACCUUAGGGAGCAGAUUGACUGGACCUUCAUCGACUUUGCUGACAACCAGCCCUGCAUUGACCUUAUCGAGGGCAAACUUGGUAUCCUGUCCCUUCUAGACGAGGAAUCAAGACUGCCCAUGGGUUCCGACGAGCAGUUCGUUACUAAGCUUCACCACAACUACGCUGCCGACAAGCACAAAUUCUACAAGAAGCCCCGAUUCGGCAAGUCAUCCUUCACCGUCUGCCAUUAUGCCAUCGACGUUACCUACGAGUCCGACGGUUUUAUUGAGAAGAACCGUGAUACCGUUCCGGACGAGCACAUGGCGGUUUUGCGCGCAUCAACCAACCAAUUCCUUGUUUCGGUCUUGGACGCUGCUUCUGCGGUGCGCGAGAAGGAUCUGGCCUCUGCCAGCUCAAAUGCUGUCAAGCCCGCCGCUGGAAGGAGAAUCGGUGUGGCUGUUAACCGCAAGCCCACACUCGGCGGUAUCUUCAAGUCCUCUCUGAUCGAACUAAUGAAUACAAUCAACGGCACCGAUGUUCACUACAUCCGCUGUAUCAAGCCUAACGAGGCGAAGGAACCCUGGAAGUUUGAAGGACCCAUGGUCCUGAGUCAGCUCCGCGCCUGCGGUGUACUAGAAACUGUCCGCAUUAGUUGUGCGGGUUACCCUACAAGAUGGACGUACGAGGAAUUCGCGUUGCGGUACUACAUGCUGGUACCAUCGACGCAGUGGACAUCGGAGAUUAGGGAGAUGGCAAAUGCCAUCUUGACCAAGGCCUUUGGCGCUAGCACCGGCAAGGGUCUCGACAAGUACCAGCUGGGUCUUACCAAGAUCUUCUUCAGAGCCGGUAUGCUCGCUUUCCUCGAAAAUCUGCGCACCACCAGACUCAACGACUGCGCAAUUCUUAUCCAGAAGAACCUCAAGGCCAAGUAUUACCGUAAGAGGUAUCUUGCUGCUCGCAAUGCCAUUGUCUCUUUCCAAGCCUUGAUUAGAGCAAACAAAGCUCGCAAUUCAGCACAGGAACGCCGCACUACCAAGGCUGCAAUCACGAUUCAGAGAGUUUGGCGCGGUUACAAGGACAGAAAACAAUUCCUUGAGGUCAGGAACGACGUCAUUCGUGCCCAAGCCGCCAUCAAGGGUUACAUGAAGCGCAAGAAGAUUAUGGAGGAGCGGGUCGGAAAUGCGGUGCUCAUCAUCCAGCGGAAUUGGCGGUCGAGGCAGCAGCUGCGCUCCUGGAGGGAUUAUCGCCGGAAAGUUACCAUUGUCCAGAGCUUGUGGCGCGGUAAGACGGCGCGUAAGGAUUACAAGGCUCUCCGCGCCGAGGCACGGGAUCUCAAGCAGAUUUCAUACAAGCUGGAGAACAAGGUCGUGGAACUGACACAGUCGCUGGGUACCAUGAAGACGCAGAACAGGGAGUUGAGGACUCAGGUGGAGAACUACGAAGGACAGGUGGCGAUCUGGAGGAAUCGUCACAACCAGUUGGAGGCACGCGCCAAGGAGCUGCAAGCCGAGGCCAACCAGGCCGGUAUUGCCGCCGCUCGCUUGGAGCAGAUGGAGGCCGAGAUGAAGAAGCUUCAAGCAAGCUUCGAGGAGUCUGUGGCCAAUGUGAAGAGGAUGCAGGAGGAGGAACGCGAGCUCAGAGAGUCCCUGCGCGCUACCAGCGUAGAGCUCGACUCUGCUCGUAUCGAGAGUCAACGGCAAGAGGCUGAGAAGAACUCGCUCCGUCAGCAGUUGGCUGACUUGCAGGAGGCUCUCGAGCAAGCAAGGAGGCAAGUACCUAUCAACGGUGAUAUCCUGAACGGCAAUGGUAUUGCCCCUCAGGUUCCUACUGGGUUGAUCAACCUGGUAUCGUCCAAGAAGCCUAAGCGGCGUAGUGCGGGUGCCGAACCACGGGAGAUGGAUCGGUACAGCAUGGCCUACAACCCACGGCCCGUUUCCAUGGCUGUCCCUGGUCUGAACCGCCAAACAACACUUUCCGGCUCAACCUUCGUUCCCGGUGUCGAUAGCAUCGAGCUUGAACUUGAAGGUCUUCUCGCCGAUGAAGAUGCUCUCAAUGAGGAGGUUACCAUGGGCCUCAUCCGUAACCUCAAGAUCCCCUCCCCUUCCACCAAUCCGCCACCUUCCGACAAGGAGGUGCUCUUCCCUGCUUACCUCAUCAACCUAGUAACGUCCGAGAUGUGGAACAACGGCUUCGUUAAGGAGUCAGAACGCUUCCUGGCCAACGUCAUGCAGUCCAUCCAACAGGAGGUGAUGCAGCACGAUGGCGAAGAGGCCAUCAACCCCGGUGCCUUCUGGCUUUCCAACGUCCAUGAAAUGCUCUCGUUUGUCUUCCUUGCGGAGGAUUGGUACGAGGCUCAGAAGACGGACAAUUACGAGUACGACCGCCUCCUCGAGAUUGUCAAGCAUGACUUGGAAAGCUUGGAGUUCAACAUCUACCAUACCUGGAUGAAGGUUCUCAAGAAGAAGCUUUUCAAGAUGAUCAUUCCGGCCAUCAUCGAGUCGCAGUCCCUACCCGGCUUCGUCACGAACGAAAACAACAGGUUCCUUGGCAAGCUGCUGCAGUCUAACACGGCGCCGGCCUACAGCAUGGACAACCUGUUGUCCCUCCUCAACAAUGUCUACCGUGCCAUGAAGGCCUACUACCUCGAGGACUCGAUCAUCACGCAGACUAUCACGGAGCUGCUCCGGCUCGUUGGUGUCACGGCAUUCAACGAUUUGCUCAUGCGCCGUAACUUCCUCUCAUGGAAGCGUGGCCUGCAGAUCAACUACAACAUCACUCGUAUCGAAGAGUGGUGCAAGAGCCACGACAUGCCUGAGGGCACGCUCCAGCUUGAGCAUCUCAUGCAAGCCACAAAGCUUUUGCAACUCAAGAAGGCAACCCUUAAUGAUAUCGAGAUCAUCCAAGACAUUUGCUGGAUGCUAUCCCCUAACCAGAUUCAGAAGCUGCUCAACCAGUACCUGGUUGCCGACUACGAGCAACCUAUUAACGGCGAGAUCAUGAAGGCCGUGGCAUCUCGCGUCAGCGAAAAGAGCGACGUCCUCUUACUGCAGGCUGUCGAUAUGGACGACAGUGGCCCGUACGAGAUAGCCGAGCCCAGAGUGAUCACAGCGCUGGAGACUUAUACACCAUCCUGGCUGCAAACCCCUCGUUUGAAGCGUCUUGCUGAGAUUGUAUCUCAACAAGCAAUUGCGCAACAAGAGAAGAUGGAGUUCGGCUCUCAGGCGGGCGACUACCAGCACGGGGAUUAUGACAUACAAAGCAUGAACGACUUGGCAGAGGUGGAUGAAGGGCAAGAGAUUGUGGAAGCGAGUGCCUAGGUUGCACCCCCGCGACCAUCAUCACCUUUACCUCUACCACUACCACCACCUCGCUCUCGUCCGUCACUGUCGUUAUCAUUGAUUCCGUGCCCGACUUCUACCAUACUCAACCCCUGGAGGACAAACAGUAACUCCACUAUUGAUGAUUCUGUUGCGCUGCCACCGAGGACUACUACCGGUUCGAGGAAGAUGAGGGUCAGGAGUGGGACUGGUUGAGUAUUACUCGUUUGAUACAGAAAAUCAAACUUUUUCUUGUUCAUCAGUGUUGUUAUUGUUGCUGCUGUAGUAGAGUAUGCUGUGUGUUGCAAAAAAAGAAACAAAAAACAAAAAGAGAGCAAGGCGCAAUCUGCAUUUGGAACCAGGUUAGAGAAGAGGAAGUAGAAGAAAAAGGAUAAGGGGAAUGACAGGGAGCGAGACAAGCGGGCAGGCAAAGAGGCAGGCAGGAAGGGCAGGAUAGUUCAUGGAAAGGCUGGGUGGGUUCGAGCCGUGAAUCAACAGUUUGCCGGAUAUAGUAGAGAAAAAUGGAAGGAAGGCUCACGGCGUGCAAGUCAGGAUUCGGGUGAUUUGCUUUGGGCUUUUUGCUGGAGAGAGAGAACAACGGAGAAUUCACCUUCCAAUUUCACGUUUUUUUUUUUUUUU